AACUAUACACAGGGUCUAUGCUUUAGUAUAUUUAAUCCGACACUAAUUGACUUAAAGGACAUAUUCAGCACUACCCUAGAGAAGGCAUCAUUAGCUUUCCCUAUCAGAUCAGCCGGUUAUGUAAUCGGGUCGCUAUCAUGUGGAAUUGUCACUACAUUAUUCAAUAGACAACUGGUUUUAAUUAUAUUAUUAUUACUAAAGUCGUUAACCAUUGCAUCGGUCCCCCACUGGCGUAAUGUCUAUCAAUUUUAUGGAAACGCCGUAUUUAAUGGGUUUUUUACGGCCGGUAUCGAUACAACUGUCAACGUUUGGGUUAACGAAAUGUGGGGUACGGAUGGCGGUCCCUAUAUGCAGGCAUUGCACUUCUUUUUCGGUAUAGGAACCAUAUUAGGACCGUUACUUUCGGAGCCAUACUUAUCUCCCAAAAAUGAGACUCAACCGCACCCACAAAUUGGCCAAAUAUAUGGCUAUUUAUUUAAAAGUAAUACUAAUAACAAUACAGAUUUUGAAAGUAAACUCUAUAUACCGUACUCGAUAUCGGCGGCCACUGCCGUGAUAUCGGCACUCAUUUUUUUAAUACUCUUUCUAACCAUACGCUAUAAAUCUGAUGAAAGUCAGGAAACUGAUGGGAGAAGAGGAGAUAACUCAGAAGAGACCGAACAAUUGGUGGCCAAUAGUGAAGAAAACUUACGAAUAAAGUUUCGGUGCUUUGACUGUACAACCAUUUGGUUGAUAGCCAUUAGCGGACUCUUUCUAAUAGUCUACGCGGGACAGGAAACGGUAUAUUUUCAGUUUUCGGCAUCGUUUGCCACACAAACAGAUCUACACAUAUCGAAAACGACGGCCGCAUUUAUGGCUUCGGCAUUGGCCAUGUCCUUUACUAUAACCCGAGCGCUGAGUAUAUUGAUAGCCAUUAAGAUCAGUCCUCAGUAUAUGAUAUACAUCGACUCAUUGGUGAUAUUUACGGCUCAAAUAGUGAUCUUAGUCUACGCUAACACCAAUGAGAACUAUCUCUGGUUCGGUAAUAUAUUAAUGGGCGCCGGGUUUGCGUCGGUGUUUCCCAGCUUUUAUCCCUUUAUUGAAAGAUACCUAAAGAUAACAAACAUCGUUAGCUCAAUGUUUAUCUUUUGUACGGGACUUUCCUCGUGUAUCUGUCCACUAAUUGUGGGCCUAUUUAUUGAGACCAAACCAUUUAUGUUAAUAUAUUUGUGUCUUUCAUCAACAAUACUGACAAUCGUUGCAUUGAUUUUAUUGCAAAUCACAACAAAAUUAAGCAAUAGAUUCCUAAUUAAUACUAAUAAUGAACAAAAUGAGACUCAAAAUUGA